UCUCCGAUUGAUUCUCUGCUUCACAUUUCUUGCGCGAGAAUCUGCUCUCCCCAACAACCCUCUCCUCCUCCCUCCUCCCUCCUCCCUCCCUCUCUCUCUCUCUCAAUACGCCAUUUCCCACUCCACUUGCUCGGGACAACAAUGGUGAAGGGACCCGGACUCUACUCCGACAUCGGCAAGAAGGCCAGAGAUCUUCUGUACAAAGAUUACCAGAGCGACCACAAGUUCACCUUCACUACCUACACUUCCACUGGAGUCGCACUCACUUCGACCGGAAUCAAGAAGGGCGACCUAUUUUUGGCGGAUGUUAGCACUCAGCUGAAGAACAAGAACAUCACGACUGAUGUGAAAGUGGACACCAACUCCAAUCUCUUUACAACCAUUACUGUUGAUGAACCAGCUCCUGGUCUCAAAACUAUUUUUAGCUUCAUUGUUCCUGAUCAGAGAUCUGGUAAGGUGGAACUGCAGUACCAGCAUGAGUAUGCUGGAAUUAGCACUAGCAUUGGUUUGACUGCAAAUCCAAUUGUCAACUUUUCUGGUGUGGUUGGGAACAACACUCUUGCCCUCGGAACUGAUCUUUCUUUUGACACUGCCUCUGGGAACUUCACCAAAUGCAAUACUGGAUUGAGUUUCACCAAUGCUGAUCUUAUUGCUGCCUUGACAUUGAAUGAUAAAGGUGACACCCUCAAUGCUUCCUACUAUCACAUUGUAAGCCCCUUAACCAGCACAGCUGUUGGAGCGGAGCUAUCCCACAGCUUCUCCAGCCAGGAGAACACAUUGACAAUUGGCACUCAGCACGCACUCGACCCACUGACUGUGGUGAAGGCUCGCGUGAACAACUAUGGAAGGGCAAGUGCUCUUAUCCAGCACGAGUGGCGCCCGAAGUCACUCUUCACCAUAUCAGGGGAAGUGGACACCAGGGCGAUUGAGAAGAGUGCCAAGAUUGGACUGGCCUUGGCUUUGAAGCCCUAGAGCUCGACAAUCGAUAGCAAUUACUCAGUUCAUGAGGUCAGAAGGUAAGUCUCUUUUGAGUUAGGUGGAGAGGAAUAAGGUAAGGUUAGAAUGAGACGGUCCCUGUCUUUUCUCGAUUGACUGUUGGCCUGCUUUUGUGAUGCUACUUCCACAUAUGAUUCCUUGGGGAUGUAAAAAAUAAUUCAUAGCUGGUGGCACAAAUCUGUCAUCAUUUUGGGUUCCCCCCCCCUUUCCGGUUCUUCAACAUCCUUUGGGGUAGCGGUUGAACUUGUGUUUGGUAACAUUGAAUUCGGAGUCUUGUGCCAUUUGCAUUUCAAAACGAGCAGUUCUUAUAUCCCUAUUUCAUGAUUAUUAUUUUUUUGGGGCUUGCUGGGGCCUUAGUCCCUUUGCAAGGAUUUUGUCA